CCAGAGCCGCGGCGCCGCUUCCUGCCGCUAUAAAUAGCCGCCCGGCCCAACAUGUCCCGGCCGCCGCAGCGGCUGCAGCGCCGGCGGGACUCGCCGUCCCCUCCCGCCGCCUCGCCCGCACGGAGCGCGGAGUGUGCAACCUGGGAAAUGUUUUUGCAAUUGAAUUAACUUCAGGAAGUGUAUUCUGGAUGAAUUGACCAGGCCUCCUAUUCUAUGAAAACAUCUCUCCUGCUGGUGACCAGGUUUCUUAGCAAGAGCAGACAGAGCUCAGCCUUCCACCAUGCCUGUGCCUCCCCCUCCAGCUCCCCCGCCACCCCCAACACUAGCCUUGGCAAAUACGGAAAAGCCAUCUCUAAGCAGGUCAGAACAAGCAGGGAGAAAUGCUCUAUUAUCUGAUAUUACCAAAGGAAAAAAGCUCAAGAAGACUGUUACUAAUGACAGAAGUGCCCCAAUUUUAGACAAACCCAAAGGACCUGGUGGAGGUGGCGGCGGUGGCUUUGGAGGAGGUGGUGGUGGCAGUGGUGGGGGUUUUGGUGGUGGCAGUGGUGGCGGCUUCAGUAGCAGUGGACCACCAGGCCUUGGAGGCCUUUUUCAAGCAGGAAUGCCAAAGCUCAGAUCUGCUGCAAGUCGGGAUGCCGACUCCGGGGGAGGCCGCCCGCCCGUCCUGCCGCCCGGAGGCCGCUCCGCCGCCGCCAAGCCGUUCUCGCCGCCGAGCGGCCCGCCGCGCUUCCCGGGGCCGCCGUCGGGGCCAAGGACCGCCGCCCCCGACCCGCAGAGGAGCCGCCUGCCGCCGCCCAGACCCGACGCCGGCUCCAAGCCCGAGGCGGCGCCGCCGCCGGUGCCCAGCACGCCCCGGCCCAUCGCCUCCAGCCUGCACAACCGGGGGUCGCCGCCGGUGCCGGGCGUGACCCGGCAGCCCAGCCUGGGGCCCUCGCCCCCGCCGUUCCCGGGCAGCCGGGGCGCGGGGUCGGCCGGUCCGCUGCGGCAGCCCGGCCCCGGCGCGACGCCCCCGUUCUCGGGCCGGCCGCCGCUGCCGCCCACCCCGGGCCGGCCGGCGGAGGACAAGCCGCCGCCGCCGCCGCCCCCCGCCGGGCACCGGCCGUCCGCCGCCCGGGACGGGCCGCUGCCCCCGCCGCCGCCGCAGAACAGCAAACCGCCCGUGCCCGCCGCCCCCCGGCCCGCCCUCGGCGCCCCGGCGCCCCCGCCGCCGCCCCCCAGCCGGCCGGGGCCGCCCCCCGUCCCGCCCGCCCCCGCCGGCGGCGACGAGAUGCCGCGGCUGCCGCAGAGGAACAUCUCGCUGGGGUCGUGCCCGGCGCCCGGCGGGGGCCGCUCCGGACCGCUGCCCCCGCCGCCCAGCGAGAGGCCGCCGCCGCCCGUCAGGGACCCGCCCGGCCGCUCAGGCCCCCUCCCACCACCUCCUCCCAUAAGCAGGAAUGGAAGCACUUCAAGGGCUUUGCCUGCUACUCCCCAGCUGCCUUCCCGGGCAGGGCUGGACAGCCCAAGAGGUGGACCCCGACCUCCGCUUCCCCCAGACCGACCGGGUUCGGCAGCACCACCGCCGCCACCACCACCUUCAUCAGCUAUCAGAAAUGGCUUCCAGGAUCCCAGCGAUGAUGAAUGGGAAAGCAGAUUUUCUUUUCAUCCUCUAUCUGAUUUGCCACCUCCAGAGCCAUAUGUGCCCAUGAACAGAAGUUAUCCCAGUAAACUAGCAAGAAAUGAAAGUAGAGGUGGCUCUGUCCGAAAAGAAAGAGGUGCCCCCCCGCUCCCACCUAUACCAAGGUGAAAUGGGUUCUGGCCCAUCUUUGGGCAACAUCUGUUUUCAAGUUUCCUUCGAGUCAGUUCUCCUGUCCACAUCAUUGGAAAGUUGUCUGUCUUGAUUUAUUUCCACUUUUGGCUUGUCAGCUGGAACUACUUCAGUCUCUAUUACAGAAGUAAUAGAUGCGGCUUAGGAACUGUAGUUGCUCAAAGCUAUGAAUUUUAUUUGCUUAUACUGCAGGCAUUUUGUGGACCAUACACAAUAUACAUGCACCGUGCUCACUGUGUCCAACCCUGUCCCCUGGAGAGCUCCACGGGAGGUCUGGCUUUGAAUGUGAUAGAGCUUGAACAAAGCUGUUUCAUUCACUUUGGGUACAGUGGCUGUAUUAUUUGAAUCAUGAAGUAUUUUAUGUUUAAAAAAACAGUUGCUGGGGAAAAAUGUGUAACCAAGAGGCCCUUGGAUCCUUUUUUGCAUGCCUAACUUGGCCCAUCUGCUUCUGGAGGCCAUAGACCUACUACAUGGUGACCAAGAGUUCAUCCUUAACUUUUUCACUUCAGCUUAGUCACGGAAAUCUUAAACAAUACGUAGCACAUCUUGCCUCAAGGAUGGAGUGUAUCUGGCCUUGUUUUCAUCUGCAGAGAAUCUUCCAAAGAAAAGCACAAGUGAAGAAUUCAUCAGCAUAAAAUCUAUCUAUAUAUAUUUUUUUUAAUCCCUCUUUCCUAGUUUUAAUAGUGUUAUGCUUCCAAUGACCAAAUUCUUUCCUACUCUGAUGUGGACCAACCCAGGGUCAUCCAUGCCCUGGAUUACUGUAAUACCCUCUGCCUGAUGCUGCAUGCGAAGAGUCCUCAGAAAGUAGUCUUGGUGCAAAUGCAGCAAUUAUUGUCAUUGCAGGCUCCUCCUUUAAAGCAUCGCUAAUACCAGUGCUCCACAGAUUACUUUCCAGUUAUUUCUUUGGUACAAUUAAACGAUGGGUUUUGACUUAAAAAGCUUCCUGGGACUUAAGUCACAACUCUCAGAGAGCUUGUAUUUGACUUGCAUUACAGCAGAGCAGCUGAGGUCAAAAAUGUGAAGGCCCUUUGGUGUAGUGAAGGGGGCCUGGGGUUUGUGCACUCAAGUGGAAGCAUCCAAAAUUUGCUGUCUGCACUGGUUCAAGAGAAAUGGGAAGAUAUGGUCUUCUGAGUUUGCCAUGAAGCCUGUCCUUUCAAACUUUGCUGAGAGGAUUCUCCACAGAAAGCAGCAAUGCUUACAUUAGUAGAAAAGAGAGUGAGGUAUUCUAACAUUGUGACAAGUGGUUAAUAUGUUAAAUGGCUUUUGCAUUUUUAUAUGAGGAAUUGUAUGACUGAAUUUUACAAGUGGAUCUAAACACGUGUAAAAUGCUUUUGGAAAUUAGAGGAAGAUUAUAAUUCUGGAUUUGAAAUAUUGCUGAAUGAAAUAUUGCUCUUUGUUAAUUGGACCUCCGAAGGUUAGCUCUGAAAAAUUUCACCUAAGUCUCAGUAUGUUUCUUCAAAGUGCUCUUGGGAUCCCUACCAAGCCUAUGUCAGCAGCCAUUUUUCACUGGGUGUUGCUCAAAAAAACCUAAACCCCAUAAAAACUAGUCAUGUAGGUUAAGAAAAUGUUUCUCUAGCAUGGGAGACAUGAUCCUAAGUACAUUCUGCAGCUAGAAUGAGGUCAAUCCUUAAAAAAUUAGAGAAUUUAGUCAGAGAGUCUGGACCCCACUGCAUUGUCUGUGCAUAGGGCUUUUUGCUCUUUUUGUGAGUGUCGAGGGGCAGAUCCCCUUUCUGCCUGACAGCCUGGACAGGCACAUUGAAGGGGAUGAGACAGAGCUGGAUUUGGCCAGAUCAAAUUUAAUUUGUUCUUUCCAGUGUUUGUUUACAAAAUCUUUUUAGCUGUGAUAGAGUUUGAUUGUGUACCUGUUUUUUACAUUUUUAUAUCUA